AUGGCAAAGGGACAACCUCAGCAGGGAGAGCCGGCAUGGACAGCACUGAGAACCAGAACAGAAUCCAACACAAAAAUGAAACUCACUAGGUGCGGAAAGCUUACUCUGGGCAUCCUAAUAAUUGUGACUGCCGCGGUGCUCAUCGGACUCAUUGCUUACUUUAUCACAUGUGGAAGGAUAACGCUCUACUAUCACAUCAGCUUUAAAGCCAAAAACAUUGACUAUGACAGCUUGUUUGAAAAACCAUAUUCAAGUCAAUAUAUCAACCUAAAUAUAAAAGUAACGUCUUUGAUAAAUGAAACAUUUCAUGGCUCCAAGCUGGGAAGACAUUUUAUCAAAUCACAUGUUGUACAAGUAAGUCGAACCAAAGGGAAAGUACUAAUACAUACUGUGCUGAAAUUUAAAUCCUGUUAUAAAAAUAAUGCAGCGAAAUUUCGUGAUAGGAUUGAAGCCCUUUUGCAUGAGAAGCUGAAGGGUAAAACUGGAUCUUUAUCUAUAGAUUCUUCUUCAUUUAGAUUUUCAGAUAUGCCAAUGCCAACGGCAGAAGAUCUUCUCAAUAUAUGUUGUGGGCAGCGCACAAUUACUCCCUCUGGCAACAAAAUAGUUGGUGGGACAAAUGCUGAGGAAGGGGAAUGGCCAUGGCAAGCUAGCCUUCAACAGAACAGCGUUCACCGGUGUGGAGCAACUCUGAUUAGUAAUAGCUGGCUUGUGACUGCUGCUCAUUGUUUUGUAAAUGCCAAAAAUCCUAAGGAAUGGAAAGCUAGUUUUGGACUUCUUUUAAAUGAUCCACAAGCACAACGAAGUAUCGAUAAUAUAAUAGUUCAUGAAAACUUCCGUUAUCCUGCACAUAAUAAUGACAUUGCUGUCGUGCAUCUAUCUUCCCCAAUGUUAUAUACAAGCGACAUCCGAAGAGUGUGUCUUCCAGAUGCUUCUUAUGAAUUCCCACCCAAUUCAAAUGCGGUGGUGACUGGAUGGGGAACAUUAAAAAGUGAUGGUGACAGUCCUAAUAUACUCCAAAAAGGACUAGUGAAGAUUAUAGAUAAUAAGAUCUGCAAUAGUGAACAGGUGUAUGGUGGUGUAAUCGAACCUGAAAUGUUGUGUGCUGGGUUCUUAGAAGGAAGAGUGGAUGCCUGCCAGGGUGACUCUGGUGGACCACUAGUUAGUGAAGAUCAAAAAGGCAUUUGGUUCCUAGCUGGUAUUAUAAGCUGGGGAGAUGAAUGUGCUCUUCCAAACAAACCUGGUGUCUACAUUCGAGUGACACACUUUCGAAACUGGAUCAAGUCCAAAACUGGUGUCUAG